AUGUUUUAAAGAUUUUAUAUAAAAGUCAUAUUAUUUGUAUAUUUAUUUGUGUCUGUGCUGUUUGAGUAAUAUAACACGAGGUUAAAGUAGACAUAAUAAUAAUAAUAAUAUUAGUCACUGUGUUAAUUGAUUAAUGACAUAAUUUUUGGAUAAUUUUCAUCAUUUUUAAUGCAAAAUGCCGUUUUUUCGAGAUUUAUUCCAAAAUUUAUUCGGUGGAAGCUUAACAAAAGAUCACGACAAUCAGAGAUUUGAUGAUCGUCAACACUCUGGUAACGAAUUUCGAAAUCCUAUUUGGCAGAAUGAUGAGGAAGAUGGUGAUGACUAUGUUGAUGAAUACAGAGGAUUUAACCGAAGUCCAAAUGGGUUUCACUUCCAAAUCUUUACAAAUCCUUUGGAAAUGUCGAGAUACUUUGAAUCGCAAAUUGAUAGUAUGAUGAGGGAUUUCUUCAACUUCAGUUUUAAUCAGGAUUUUACAACUGGUGAAGCCAUUACUGAUCACCAAAAUAAUUUGCCUGAGUUACUACCACCAUCUACUAGCAGAAAAUUGAGUCCACGUGACGAAGUUUUUAAGCCUGGUUAUGAUUUUGCUUCUGAAAAUCCUCAUGAUAAAAAUUACAAAAUCGACAAAGAUUUGGAUGGAAAAAUAAGCGCUGAAGAUUUUUCACGGAUUUGGAAAGACGUGGAUGAAACCCAGCUAGUUCCCAAAAAUGAAAGCCCCGUUGUACCGCGAAGUAGGUUUAAUUUUAGUUCAUUUGGAAAAUCUGUCACCUCGCAGACAAUAAGACGCCCGGAUGGUAGCGUAGAAGAACGCCAAAGUGUUACUGACAGCGAGGGAAAUUGCGAGACUACUAUAAAACGCCAAAUUGGAGAUAAAAUUUAUACCAGUGUCACCAAGAGAGACAAGUAUGGAGUAGAAAGCAAAACGGAGAAUUUUGAAAAUAUCCCUGAAAGUGAAGUAAAAAACUUCGACUCAAAUUGGAAACCUACUGAAGAACCUAAAAUUAAUUCGGAACCACUAAAUAAAUUUCCUUGGGAACAGUUUUUUGAUUUUAACCCAAAGUUGUAGUUAUUUAGAUUAAAAAGUAUCUGUAGUUAAUACUUAUUUAUAAUAUUAAUAAAAUAUAAUUAUUUAAAAGAAA